AACGCCCUGCUCUGGCCAACAACGGGCCGCCUCUCCUGCAUCGACCUGGCGACGUUGACGAGGUGCUCGACGAAAUGGGUGAACGGGCUCCACCCAGGUAUGCAGCCAAAUUACCGAAGGAUCACUUUCCACGUUUCUCUGGUGAGAAUCCCUCCCUGUGGCUGGACCUAUGCGAUACAUAUUUUACCAUGUAUCAGACUCCUUUGCAUCAGCGUGUGAGUUCAGCUGUGCUGUACAUGGAGGGGCAUGAAGCCUUGUGGUUGCAGGUGUAUAAGCGCCGUACAGUUCUGGGCACUUGGGAACAGUUUUGUGAUGCUGUUUUGACAGAGUUUGGAGAGGACGAGUAUGAUGGUCAGAUGAGUAAGCUAUUGCAGAUCAAGCAGACUGGUUCUGUGACUGAAUAUCGCAAAGAGUUUGAAACUUGCAUGUACCACCUGAUUUCUCUUGAUCCUUCCUUGAACACAAAGUUUUUUUUGUCUCCAAAUUUGUUCUCGGAUUGCGGUCAGAUAUCCGUGCUGUGGUCCGCAUUCAAGCACCUACUAGUGUUUCUCGUGCUGCUUCUUUGGCUCGUAUACAGGAAGAAGAAUUGGAAAUACAACAGGAGCAACAACCUCGUAAUCGCUUUCGAGCUGCUCCAGGGGUCAAGUCUUUAGGAGUUUCCGCUGUUCAGGGUGGCAUUGUAGCUGUGGUGCCGGCCAAACGGACCACUGAUGACUUUGCUCGUGAGCGUCAGCUAAGGGAUUUCCGUAAAGCGGAUAACCUUUGUUUU